CUUUACAAGGCAGUAAGAGGAUGCCCAGUCCGAGCAUAUUUUUUAUACUUUUCUGGCGUAUUGCUGUGAGCGUGCUAUAUCCUUAUGGCUACACUGAUUGCUUUAUACAGGACGUGCUCGCUGACUCGAUGCAGCCGAACAAGAGGGAGCUGUUGCAUCGCCGAUGGUUUCUAAAUAUCCGGGACUCCUUCCAGACAACUCUAAUGCUGGUCAUGAUGAUGGAGGCCGGCUGUGCGCAAAAGACAAUAAGAGAAGAACUGCCUGCUACUCGUACCAGGAAUUAGCGCUUGCCAAGGGUGCUCGGGUGGAGAAGGGAGCAGAGCAGUGACUGCGAG